AUGGUCGGCUGGUACUGCCUUAUGGUUAUAAUGACUAUGAUCAGUACUGGGGUUCUGUCGCCGGCGCCUCAGAAAACUGAAAUCAAGGAGACUUACGAUCGGCACUACUGGUACGCUCAGGCACAAGAAACUUUGCAGAAGAGACUCCAGUACGCGGCCGACAAAAACCCCGUAGCGAAGAACAUCAUUCUUGUUGUUGGAGACGGGAUGAGUUUGACAACUGCGACAGCCGCAAGAAUCCUAAGGGGACAAAGAAGAGGUCAGACAGGAGAGGACACUGACCUAGCAUGGGACACAUUUCCCGCAGUGGCACUGGCUAAGACUUACAACAUAGACGCGCAGACAGGUGAAUCGUCUGCUUGCGCCACCGCAUUACUCUGUGGGGUGAAGGCGCGGUAUGAAACAUUGGGGCUGGAUGCUGGGGCCCGAUUCAACAUCUGCGCUACCACUAUUAACUCCAAAGUGACAUCCCUUAUCGACUGGGUACACGAUGCUGGCAAGUCCAGUGGCAUCGUGACUACAGCCAGGAUUACUCACGCCACGCCAGCAGCUUUAUACGCACACGCUCCCUCAAGGUACUGGGAGGAUGACAGCCGCGUACCGCCGACCGUCAGGAAAGAUUGCAAGGAUAUAGCCUAUCAACUAGUCGAGAAUGAACCGGGAAGGAGUAUUAAUGUCAUAAUGGGUGGUGGCAGACGUCACUUUCUACCGACGGUUACUCCAGAUCCGGAGCAUCCCAAUCGUGAAGGAAGGAGACUGGAUGGAAGAAAUUUAGCCGAAGAUUGGGCAAGGGAAAAGAAGAGGCGGCGAUUGAGAGCUCAAUAUAUUCACUCCAGAGAGCAACUGGCCAAGUUAGAUCCAAGAACAGUUGAUUAUUUGUUAGGUUUAUUCGAAUACUCCCAUAUGGACUUCAACGCGGAGCGAGGAGCUGCAGCGGAUGCAGAAGACGGCGCCGCAGCAGGCAGCACAGUCAAGGCCGAUGAUCCAUCAUUGGCUGACAUGACUCGCGCAGCGCUUUCUAUACUAAUGAAGAACGACAAAGGAUUUUUCUUACUUAUCGAAGGGGGUCGAAUAGACCACGCACACCAUUACAACAAUCCGUAUCGAGCACUGGAUGAGACACUUGAACUGGAGACAGCCCUUUUGGCUGCGCUGGAGAGGGUCAACCCAGCGGAAACCCUGAUCGUUGUUACAGCGGAUCAUGGCCAUGUCAUGACGUUCGGUGGACAGGCCACACCGAGAGGACACCCAGUUUUAGGUGCGGACACAGUAGUGUCUGAUAUCGACGGACUCCGCUACACGACCCUGCUUUACGGAACGGGCCCUGGGCACUCGGAGCCGAGAGCGCUGCCUCUCAACACUACCGCUUCAGCGCCGGCAAACGUGGACGCGGUACACGCGGCAGCAGUGCCGAGACAAUGGGCCACUCAUGGCGGUGAAGACGUGCCCAUAUACGCUUUAGGACCGAUGGCAACGAUUUUAUUUGCGGGAGUAGUUGAACAGAGCUAUAUUCCUCACGCCAUCGCCUACGCUGCUUGCCUUGCUCAUCAUUCACGCCGGUGUCAAGAGAAAGUCAACUUUACCCAACCCCCUGUAAAACCUCCCAGUUGCGUGCCACCUGAAGUAAGCAGCGUAUCAGCCCCAGACGAAUCAAGAAAUGAUGGCGGGACUGGCCGUAGAGUUGUGGUCGCGUCUAGCGUUAUGGCUGAUGAGCGAACGCCUAGAUCACACGCUCCCGUUCAGCUUAUCACCCACAGCUCCCUUAUCUUUAGAAUUUUCAACACGAUACUGCACUUUAUUAUAUGGAUUGUUAUCAAGUGA